AUGCUUUUCCGAACCGCCACUUCUGUUGCCAUUCUGGCCGCCGCCGCUCAUGUCAGCGCCGAGCCCAAGCCCUACCGCCUGGCCAUGAUGCCCGUCCUUGGAAUGAGCCUCGGUCGCCGCGACACCAACGGCUACAAGCCUGAGCAGACUCAGUGCGGUGAUGGCGAGACUUGCUCCGAGGCCUGUGGCGCUUCGUACACCGAGUGCUCUGCCAGCAGCUCCGCGAAGUCUCACUGCUUCAACCCUACUGUUGGUCAGAGCUGCUGCACUGACGGCUCCGGCAACGCCUGUGACUCUGGCUACUACUGCACCCACGACUCUGCCGCCAACACCUGGUGCUGCCCGGACAGCAUGGAUCUGGCUGCCUGCGCCGCUGCUUACAAGGUAGCCGGCACUCUCGAGGCUGCCACUGCUGUCUCAACGACGUCUACUUCCACUUCCACCACCAAGACCAGCACUUCAACCACCAGCACUUCAACUACCACCACUGCUGCUCUCACCACCACGAGCACCACCAGCACCACCGAGGCUCCCACCACCACUGCCGCCCCUACAACCACCGCUGCUCCUACCACCACUGCCGCUCCUACCACGACUGAGGUCGAGGAGACCACUGCUGCUCCCGCCACCAGUGCCGGCUUCACCAGCGCCAUCGGCGGCUUUAACAGCACCGCUACGACUGCUGUGCCCAUCAAGCCCAACCAGUCCAAGACUCCUCAGGGCCCCGUUGCUUCCAUCGCCACGGGUGCUCCCCAGCCUUCUCAGCCCUCCACCAUCAGCGGUGCUGCCACCACCAGUGCUAGCGCCCUGCUGCUUCUCGCUGCUGGUGUCAUUGCUCUCCUGUAA